AUGACAGCCAUGAUGCAGUGGCAAGUCAACAAGCAGUUCAGGAAGGACCGUGCGGCUGCUAUUGCCAGAAUUCCAAACCCAGAUGUUGUGGUCCAGCAGCUAGAUCUCCCUUUUGGACCUCCACCACGAUUGGCAUGGCCAUACCAAGAGAAUCCUCUCAUUUCGUAG